AUGGGCAAUCCUCAGUGCAAAAGGGAAGAAUCGUCGGGCGACAAGCCCCAGGAUAGAACGGAAGCGUUGAUUCGGGAAUUUGGACGGCUCAAUACUCUCGACGACUUGAUCCGGGUACGAGCGGCGGAUGCAGUCCAGAAGCCAAUACUGGCUUAUCCAAAGUCGCAGGAUGGCGUGAUUGAAUAUGAGUAUUUCACUGGGGAGGAUCUGGACAGCAUGAUUGAUGAAGUUGUCGUCCGGUUGAUGGAUAUGGGAUUCAAACCGCCCAAACAUGAUCGAGAAGUGAUUGCCCUGCUCACGCUUUCCGACAUGAACAUGGUCGUAACGUUCUUUGCUCUCAGCCGCCUUGGAUACACAGUCAUGAUGCUCUCCCCGCGUCUAGCCGGCGCUGCAUGUGUAUCGCUGCUUGACAAAGUCGGCUGCGACACCAUCAUGUACGGGCAAACAGGAAGCAUCCGAGCGACGAUAGGCGAGAUCCUUCGCGAAAGGCUCGUGACGGUCCGACCGAUCGUACAGCGUCCGUGCCCUUCAACAGCCGACACUACAGAUUCAAAUGGAAAUGGACCAUGUUUCAUUCCGCUCCAUAGAAGCCGCAACCGAGAGGCCCAGCGAAAUCGAACGGCGCUUAUCCUGCACAGUUCCGGGUCCACGGGGACGCCGAAACCGCUGUAUCUUAGUCACAAAGCUAUCAUGACGCACCCGCUUCGGGGGCCCGGACUGACUUCGUUCAAUUCCCUGCCAUGGUAUCACUUGCAUGGCUUGUCGACUGCGCUCCAGGCGAUGUAUAUGCGAAAGGUGGCAUAUAUGUGGGAUGUUUCGGUGCCGCUAACGACGACGACCGCGGUUGCUGCAUUGAAAGCGGCAAAGCCCGAGUCCGUCCAGGGAGUACCAUAUUUGCUGCAGCUGUUGGUGGGCAGUGAAGAGGGUUUGGAUAUGCUUCGUUCCUGUAAGCUGGUCGCGUAUGGAGGGGCGCCGUGUCCUGAUGACCUCGGGGAUCGACUUGUUGCUGAAGGGGUGCGGGUUGGCGGUAUGUUUGGACUAACUGAAGCUGGACUGGUAGCAGAGUCGACUUCGCGACCAGUUGACGACCCGCACUGGAACUAUCUGCGGUUCUUCGACAACAUUAGAUCCUAUGUCUGGAUGAAACCGAUUGCGGAUGACCUUUACGAGUGCGUUUACCUCGACGGCCAUCCCGCACUCACAACGUCAAACUCGGACGAGCCACCGGGUUCUUUCCAUUCUCGAGACGUGUUCACGCCUCAUCCGGACAUGCCUGAUCGGUGGAAGUAUGUGACGCGCUUAGACGAUCGGAUAACACUGGUAAACGGAGAAAAGGUCCUCCCCUUGCCCAUUGAGGGUACCAUCAAGCAGAAUGUAUUAAUCGAUGACGCGGUGGUGGUAGGGGCUAACAAGGAAUUCCCGGGCCUGCUGGUGUUCCGGUCUGAGGAAGCAAAGGCCAUCCCCGAUAAAGAGUUCCUGGAUCGGAUCUGGCCAUCAGUGGAUGAUGCAAAUUCUCGCGCGGAACAGUUCUCGCAGAUCUCUCGGGACAUGAUCUGUGUGCUGCCGCAUGAAUCCGUUCGCCCCCAGACGGACAAGGGCUCGAUAAUCAGGGCCCAAGUUUAUGCGCGUUAUGCAAAUAUCAUUGAGAGUUUGUAUGGGCUUGAAGAGGAGUCUGAUGGGGCGCUAGAGCUGGACGCUGAUGACACGGAGACUCAUCUCUUGAAACUGUGUCAGGAUGAGUUGCGACUCUCCAUACCAGACAACGAAACUGAGUUCUUUGCGGCCGGCGUUGAUAGCCUGAAAGCAAUUCAACUGCGUCGGCUCGUGCUGAGGGAUUUCAAGUUUCCCGACAGGAAGGCUUUCGGUUCGAAUGUUGUAUUCGAAGCGGGCAACAUAUCUCGACUUGCAGCAAUGAUCCACGCCGCCCAAGAUGGCCAGGACGCUGUGGAGAAAGACCACAAAUUGGUAAUGCAGGAUUUGAUCGACAGGUACUCAUCGUUCAGACGUCAUGUUCCAGUGCCUGAGCACAUGAAGAACGACCGGGGUGUAAUUCUGACUGGUGCAACUGGCAGCAUCGGCGCACAUACACUGCAUCAAAUGUUGAACGAUGAAACCGUGUCCGUCGUAUACUGCCUGACACGCCGACACAAUCCGAAACAAGCAAUCCUGGACGCCCUCGAGCAGAAGGGUCUGGGUGUGCUACCCUACCGGACGACAAAAAUCAUCGCCCUCACGAGUGAUCUGGCGCAAGAAGACCUGGGAUUGAAGGACGAUGUAGUCGAAGAAAUGCGUCAGUGUGUAUCUCUAAUAAUCAACACAGCGUGGCCAGUGAACUUCAACCUCCCGCUAUCCAGCUUCACACCGCACAUCCAAGGGCUGAACAAUCUGAUCAACUUCUCAUUGUCCGUGCAUAUGCCAACCCCGGCCGUCAUGCUCUUCUGCUCGUCCAUCUCAACCGCCCUCGCCAAAUCAUCCGAUACCAUCGAUGAGAGCCCGACGGGCGACUUCAGCAGUGCGCUUGAGAUGGGGUACGCGCGCUCAAAGCUCAUCGGGGAAAGAAUCGUGAGCAACGCGCGAAGGUCCGGAGCGAGAGCAUACUCUCUUCGAAUCGGACAAGUCUCAGGACAUUCCAAGCGAGGUCUCUGGAACGACACCGAGGCGAUUCCGCUGAUGCUUCGAUCCGCUUUGACGCUGAAAGUUCUUCCCGAUUUGGAUACCGAGUGUUCGUGGCUCCCGUCGGACAAGCUGGCGUGUUCGAUUAUGGAGAUUGCCCGGGUAUGUUCUUCCAAGUCGCCCGAGGCUGAGGACAGCCGUAAUGACAAGGACGACUCGCUGUAUAACCUGUGUAACUCCCGCACCUUCACCUGGUCGGCUAUGCUCACGGCGCUCCGGCAACAGGGCUUCGAGUUCGAGACGGUUGCGUUCGACGACUGGAUGGAGAAGCUGCGACAGAGCGAGAGGAAUGGAGAGGAGCUGGAAAAUCCUGCGGUCAAGUUAGUAGACCACUACGCCGCGAUGCACGGGGCCGACGCACCACGACCGAAGGUAUUCCGGACGGACAAGGCGGAAAGGGACAGUGAGACGCUGCGGAAUGGACGGUUGAGGAUUAUCGAGGACGGGAUACUCGCUCGGUAUGCGCAGGAUUGGUUGCGGCGGUGGCGUUGA